AUGAAGAUAAGCACUCUUGCAUUGCUAUUAGUUGCAUUCAUUGGUUGUCUCUUUGCCACUGUAUGUUUCUCUUUGCCACAAAGAUCUUUUGGUAGUGCUGCGCGAUUUAACACUGCCCAAACAUACCAGAAAGGGGAACCUCAAUGUUGCCUUCCUCCUGUUCACACUGUCUCCUAUUUGAUUUAUGGCUACAAUACCACCCAGUAUUCCACACGGUACUUUGAUGCAUCUCGACGCAAGUCAAGAGAAGAUAUUACAUCCAUUCUCAUUAAUGGACAAAAAAAUUCGUACACAACCAUUACUAUUCAAGAAGGAGUCCUUCUCAUUUCGUACGCAUUCAAUUCAAAUUCAUCAUCGCCUCAAUGUACUUGUUCUUCCACUUUUGUGCAUGGUAAUGCCUUUGCUCCAUUCUGUUUUACAUAUAGCUCGUACACAUCCAUGAACAAGAUUCGUAUUGGAAAUUAUCAAGGCAUGCAAUUAACCCAUUCCCAAGAUCCAUUUUACACCUUCACCGAUGUUGUGUUUAAGGAUGAGCGUCAAGAAAAUACCAAUGAAUGUUGGUUAUUGAGUAAUUCUGCCUAUGGUAUCACUACGUUCAAAACGUACACUGAUGUUUGGGAGACUACCAAUUACUAUGACAUGAUCCCAAAGAUUGUGGAGAAUCCAAAUGUGUUAUUUGCAAUUCCUAAAACAUGUCCUUCUGAUUGUACUUAG